AUGGUUCUAUGGGUCAACCCACGGUCGAAUGGAGACUCCGGAUCUGCGAUCAUUGAUAGCUCCGGCCGCUUUCUCGGCAUGAGUGUUGGGAAAAAGUCGUUCAGCUUCGAAGACACUGCGAAGAUGCCCAUUUCCGAGGUGGCAGAGCAUUUUUGCGAUACGCGAAUAAUUUGCGCCCAAGCAAUUUUCAUCAUUGCUGGAAUUAUCGACGAUGAAGUAAGUUGAUUUAGUUAGGGACUUGGUUAAAGUGUUAUGUUUCAGUGCCAACAGCCCAACGAGAAAAUUCCUUGUUUGGAGUGA